ACGGCGGAGACACGGCACAUCGUGGACCGGGGCGUGCUAGACGCGCUGGGGGAGCUUGGCGUGGUCGCCCGCUUCUGCUAUGGGGAGCAGUUGGAUCUCCAUCAGGUUGCAGGCUUGCAGCUGCAGAUGCAGAUGCAGAUGCAGAUAAAAAGAUCGAGGUGAAAUUUCUGAUGACAUGCAUCAGCUUUGGUUGUGAUUCCUUCUCCCUUCUCUUGUUCUUGGGUAGACAUGGCUGUCAACCGAAGCUGGUCACGGACGGCGGAGAGACGAAGUCCUUAACCUUCGCCUCCGUGAAUUUCCAGGUGCGCUCGGGCCUGGUUGAGUAUUUCCCAGCCCGGGCCGCAAACGACCGCUGGGCAACUGGGUGGUCGCAGUGCUGGUUCUACCUCGAUGUCGGGGUGGACUCCGGGCUGGCUUCCACCAACAAGAUCUACUUCCGCCACCUCCCGGAGGUCAAUGCGGACGACGAAGACCUCGACCCGCUGCACCAGUCUCUCCGCAGGAUGGCGAAGUGGCUCAGCAUGCCGGACCUGACGGAGGAAUUCGUCAUGCUUCGGAUCAUUCCGCUCUGGAAUGGCUGGGUCCACGACCUUACUUCGGGAGACGAAGACAAGGCCGGGGCCUAUGUGGGCCCGGUGACCUCCUCAACUUUGCUGACGCCGGUCUCUACGGCCAUUACGGAGGCCGAGAAGAUCCUUGGGAAGCCGGUCGUAAAGGAGAAGCAAGAGCGGACCGAACGGACCAGCUCUUGGGAGAGGACCAACCGGGUGGCAGCCCGGUUCAACUUGCAACUUCCGGCCCUCCCGUCCUUGAGCGAGGCCGAGGUGGAGGCCGAGGUGGCAGAGGCCGCCAAGUCCACUGGCAAGCGGAAAGGUUCACGAGGCGGUGGCGGAGGCUGGCGCACUAAGCGGACCAGGGGAAAUGAUUCCCCAAUCCCGGCAAUUCCUCUCCGGGCUGUGGCUCCCAACUAUCUGCACUCGUAGGCUUCUAGCAGCCCGACGGCGGCUGCAGACGUGGUUUCUUCCUCCGCCGACCCCAUCGUGAUUCCCGCAGACUCCGAGGGCUCGGGGGAGUCUGCCUGGACAACCGCGUUUCCCGGUAUUUGGCUCUCUUUCUUUUUUCUCCUUUUCUUAACUUAUGUCUGACACAGGUGGGGGUUCGGGAGUUGCUCCGGGCGCGGAGGAAUCAUCCCCGCCUACUCCGGUGACUGUUCCUGGCUCCGAUGGGGGAAACCAGGGGGCGGUGAACACCGGCGCUACGGCCGCUCCGGAGAGCCACGGGGGUGAGCUCUGGACACCUGCGGCCUCAGACGCCCCUGCUGCCCAAGUGGUUUUAGGGCCGAGCCCAACACAUGGAGCGCGCACCGAAGCGCACUACAGGAUGUAUGUCAUUUAAAGGCAUUUUGUGGAAGGCAUUUCUUUAAAACUGCCUCAAAUCAUCUCUUUCAAAGGCAAUUUUCAUAAAAUGCCACAAAAAGUAUCUCUAUACAUGGCAAAUUUAAUUAAUGCCUUCAAUACUUUUAUCAUUAGAAGGCGUUUUAAAGAAAAACGCCUCAAAAACUCUGUGCUUUCAAGGCAUUUUCAUUAGCGCCUUAGAAAAUCUCCUAUUUCAGGCGUAAUCACGGAACGCCAUAAAUUUUAAAAUCGCCAGGGUAACAGAUAGAAGGCACUUUUGAGAGAAAUUCCUCCUAAUCUAUACCAUAUAUGCAAAAAGAACCCUGAAAGAAUUUAAGGUAUAAAAAUUAGUCCUUCCACCACACGUACGCUACCUUAUCAGAUCCGAAUCAGAAUAGAUCGAUCAGAUCAGAUCGAAAAAAAAAAAUCUCACGCGGCUAGCGAGCGCGCGUGAUCGACUCCCGGCCGCUGCCCGGUGACUCGCCGCCGGCGACCGCCCGGCACCCCGCGCGCCCGCCCGUCGCCCGUCGCGCCAUGCCGCCGUCGACGGUCGAAUGUCGCCCAUUGCGGCGUCGCCCAUCUCCGCAUCGGCGCAUCGCGCCGUAGCGCUGCCCGUUGACCUAGCUCAUAGGGAGAUUCGCCGCCGGCGAGCGGCCUGCGUCCCGCCCGCCUGCUGCCCAUCGCGGUGCCGCCAUCGACGCUCGACCAUCACCCGUUGCGCCGCCUCGCUGCCUCCACCCUCCAGCCCACGGCCUCACGCGCCCCGAGCCCGCGACGCCGCCGCCCGGAGGUCCAGCUUCCACCUACAGACGAAGCCACGCGUGAAUUGAGUUGAGCUGCUAUCUGUCAGACUGUCACAAGUGCAAAUUAACUUCGAUUGAUUGAUCAUGGAUAAAGGGUGGAUGAAAGGAGAACAAUACAUGAUCUAACAUGCAAGGAUAACAUAGGACAUGAAGAUGUACAUUCUAGGACAAGUACUCUUGGAAAAGCCAGCGCUGGUUCCUUAAGUGCUAUCAAGUUCACUAAUAGCCAAGUGCUAACAACUUCACGGUUCUAGCUUAUGAAAGCAAUUAUUGGAUUUCAUUUUUGGAUUAGAGACAUGUACGAAGAUUAUCGUUAUCUGGCAAGUGUUCUGAUGCCAUUGGAAACAAUUAGAAGCUAUCACGUCAAGAUAUUCAACAACUGCACAUGGCCCUUUAUUGAUUUGUUUGUCUUUUCCUCUCACUUGUAGCCAGUAUAUAACUUCAGUGUAACAGAAUGUUAUUUUUUUAGUUGUAAACUGUGAUGUGAGAAAUAGUUGGAAAGAUAUCUAAAAAAGAUAGCAAACUGCAAAUUUUUGGUGUUGAAUGAGCACUAAUAUUGGUUUGAUUGUACCAAUAUAUCAGUAUGUAAUUGGAUGAUUCAUUGGCCACAA